UAUUAACUGCAAAUAGGUUUGGUCUUAGUGUCUUUAAAAUUAAAAUCCCGAUAUUUGGCAAUAUGGCCCACACAAAAAAUCAGCUCAGAUGUUUUAUCGAUAAAGAAGUGAAACUCUGCGUAUCAUUGUUAUUCUUCUUCCACAGAUCAAACUCACCGUCACCGUUUUAUGUUGAUCUGCAAAACUAAUAUUUCUCCUCUCAUCUCUUCACAUCCCCUGACGUUCAAUGUAUUCUUUAAAGUCGGCAAUAAUUGUUAUUCACAUUUAACUCAGUAACGAUUUUGCCCUCUCCCUUUAAACGCUGCCAGACCUCUCUGUUUCCUUCACGUCAAACCUAUAAAUUGGAAAGGGUUGAGAGUCGGAUGAACCUUCUAUGUGAGCUCUGUGAAAUCUAGGGAUCGUUGUUUCAGGUCCUAUAGGUUUGAGAAUAGGUGAAUGAAUCAUUGGUUUAGGAAUGUAGCUUGAGCCGAAGCCCCCGACUAUUUAUUCGGUUACUACCGCUGUUCGAACCAACCCAAGGGUUUCAGCGGCUUGAACAUCAUGGCGACGCAAAUCAGCAAGAAAAGGAAGUUUGUAGCCGACAGUGUAUGAGGUGCUGACUAGGGAGCUAGCAGAGGAUGGUUACUCAGGUGUGGAGGUUAGGGUUACUGCGAUGAGGACUGAGAUUAUCAUCAGAGCCACCCGUACUCAAAAUGUUCUCGGUGAGAAGGGAAGAAGUAUCAGGGAGUUGACAUCUCUUGUCAAGACAGUGUUGAGAUUUAGGCUGAGAAGGUUGCCAACAGAGGUCUCUGUACCAUUCCCAGACGGAGUCUCUCAGUUACAAGCUCCUCGGUGCUCUUGCCAUUUGCAGGUUUAUGCAACCUUGAUGGAUAUGGUUCACAAGUCUGUGAAUGAGACGGUGGGAUUGAACCAAUACCAAGCUCUGACUGCGGAGAUGACAACCACAGCCAUAGGGUCAGUGAACAAAAAGUGGGAGGAAAGUAAGAACGCAACACUGUAGCUGGUGUACAUGGAUUUCAGUCACCUCACUGUUGUUUUCUUCAGGAAGCUUUCCACAGCUCUGAGAAUGCCGAGCGUUGUGCUCGGUUGUGGUCGGUUAAGAAUCAAUAAAUGUUUUCUUAUUGGAUGCUAAAAAAAUAAAAACAUUUCAGGCCUCUAAUCUGAUAUCAAAGUAUUAAAUUUGUGGGCAAGAAAUGAUAUUCUUUAGGUCCCUAAUUUAAACGCAUGAAACCA